AUGGAACAUGAACAGAAUAUGCUCGUUAUCCCCCGCCUCAGGCCUAAGGCACUCCCGCUCACCAGAGCCUUCCAAUUCACAACAACAGUCUCCAGAAACAAGCUCACCCCUCAGCAAAUCCAAAUCGUCAAGUCCACGAUCCCCGCACUCCAAGACCACGGCAUCGCAAUCACUACCCUCUUCUACCAGCGCCUCAUCCAGCAGCACCCCGAACUCAAGAACAUCUUCAACACUGCCCACCAAGCAACAGGCGAGCAACCCGCCGCCCUCGCCCACGCAGUAUGGGCUUACGCCACCAACAUCGAGCGUCCGGAAGCCCUCAAAACAGCCAUUUCCCGCAUUGGCCAUAAACACGCCAGUCUGGGGAUCACAGCGGACCAAUACCCGAUCGUCGGAGAGGGUCUUCUCGCCGCCAUCAAAGAGGUACUUGGCGACGCGGUCAACGACCAAGUCCUCGACGCCUGGAAAGCCGCAUAUGGGGAACUGGCGGGGUACUUCAUUGACUUUGAACGCGAGCUUUACCGCCAAGCGGAGGCAACCCCGGGUGGGUGGAAGGGGUGGCGGAAGUUCUUCAUCUCGAAGAAGAUCCACGAGGGAGAGGAGAUCAUUUCAUUCUACCUCACACCCUUCGAUAAGGGUGCAUUGCCGGUGUAUAAGCCUGGUCAAUUCGUUAGUGUGAAGUGCUUUGUCCCGGAACUGGGGGUCUAUCAGCCCCGGCAGUAUAGCUUGUCGGAUGUGCCGAAUAGAGAGUACUUCCAAAUUUCCGUGAAGAGGGAGUUCGCGCUAGGACAGAAGCCCGCCGGUCGUAUCUCGAAUGUGCUGCAUGAGGGUUUACCUGUCGGCGCGGAGCUGGAUGUUAGUAUGCCGUUUGGGGAUUUCGUGUUGGAUGUCAAUGCUACUACGCCUGUUGUGCUUAUUAGUGGUGGGGUGGGGCUUACGCCUAUGAUAUCGAUGUUGACAACUAUUGUGGAUCAGGGAGGGUCGAGACGCGUGGUCUUCGUUCAUGCUGUGCGAAAUGGUCGCGUGCAUGCGAUGAAGGACCGGUUGGCUAAGAUUAUCUCGGAGAAUCCACAGGUUCAUCGCGCGGUGUUCUAUGAAGAGGUCAGUAAAAGGGACAAGCAGGGCGUCGACUAUGAUUUUAAAGGUAGGGCGGAUCUCCACAAGAUUAAGGAACAGGCCGUUCUCCCGGAUGCGGAUUACUAUAUCUGUGGUCCGAAGCUGUUCAUGAAUGCGCAGAGCAAUUCCCUGAAAGAUCUGGGUGUGAAGGAGGACCGGAUUCAUAUGGAAGUGUUCGGUUCCCCGACUGAAUAAAAAGAACCCGUGAGACAUGCAC